UUACGGAAAAUGCUUUCAAUAUCAGAAUAUUUGUUUGUAAAUACUGACUACUACAUACAGCAUAUGUACAAUAGCUAUGAUGUUUUCAGCCAUAUGCGAUAAACCGUGUGUGUACUAAGAUCUUAUUGUUCUUUAGUUUAUCUCGUUUUUGCGACUGUUGCGAGUGGCAAAUUCUAUCCCGUGAAUAUCAGUGAAUUUUUGGAAAACGGGAUUCCUGAUAAAAACAAAGGUGGUGAUGAAAACUAUUUCCGGGAGUGGGUCCACAACCGGUACGAGUUGCUGUUAAAUGUACGAUAUCGUAUUCCGGCAUUUUAUUCAACGAGCCGCAGUUACUGAAUAUCAAACCCGUAAAGGUCAAGCGGAUUAUGGAAACCUUGUUAGCGAUUCAAUCCGGUUGCAACAAAGGUACGCCAUGCAACUGGGCUUUCUCUAUGGGACUACAACACUAACAUUACCGGCAAAGAAGAAGCAAAUACGGUCAAGCAAGCCCAAUUAUCUGCCAACUUUACCAAAAGCGUGGCCAAGAUGACACAGAACUUCCAGGUUGAAAAGUUUAAGGAUGUCCAACUAAAGCGGUUGUACAUAAUGUUAAUGGCCGGCCGCCAGCCGCUGGAAGAGGCCGACUUCACAGAAUUCACCUCCAUUGUCAACCACAUGCGUGCUCUUACUCAUACAGCAUUUGUUUGUUAUGAUGCUUCCAAAACUGUGGAAACCCUGGAGGUGUUAACGUUUACAAGGUUGGGAUGUCUAAAGAAAUAUCACACAGAUGUUUACGGCUUGUCCUUUAUCUAUACAGUUAGUUACUACGUCGUAAACGCUUGGAACGACCCGGAUAAAAGAAAGUAUUCAUGGAAAUCCUGGAGAGACGUUAGCGGGAAACAGCUGCGGGAUAAUUACACACGAUAUUACAUUGACUUGAAAAACAAAGCAGCGCACCUUUCAGGAUAUCGGGACGCCGGUGCACUGUGGCGGUCUUAUUACAUAGUGGACAGUCUUAACUACGCAGAUGCGGUAUUCCUUAAAGAUUUAGAGAAUUUAUGGCAACAAAUCCGACCGUUGUAUUUGCAACUGUAUACUUAUGUGCGCCGCAAGUUAAUCCAGCAUUUUCUCAACGAGAAGCUGUCAGCAACGGCCCCGGUACCGGCUCACUUGCUAGGAGACCUGAUGAGUCAAUCUUGGUCUGGCAUGCUAAACUUUACGCAGCUCUUCCCAUCGAAGCCAUUGCUAGAUGUUACCGACGAAAUGAGAGCCCAGAAGUUAACGGUGGAGAAAAUGUACCGCUUAUCCGAGCAGUUUCAAACCGGGCUAGGUUUGAAGCCAAUGCCGGCAAGUUUCCGGAAACUAUCCAUGCUGACCAAGCCGAAUGAUGGUCGCGUUGUCUCGUGUGGGGCCUCUUCUUGGGAGCUUCUUACAAGUCCUCCGGACGAUACACGGAUUAAGAUGUGCACCCAAGUUAAUGUGCCCCACUUCAUAACAAUCCACCACGAAAUGGGACACAGCCAAUACUACUUGCAGUACAAAAACCAAACUCCAGUAUAUUUCCGUAACGGUGCAAACCCUGGAUUUCACGAAGCAGUGGGUGAUACUUUAGCAUUAAGUGUUGCAACUCCUAAACAUUUAGCAUGGCUGGGUUUGCUAAAGAACAAUUCGGAAGAUGAAGAAAGCGAACUUAACAACCAGUUUAUCACUUGUCUGGAUAAAAUCGCCAAUCUCCCAUUUUUGUACCUACUGGACAGAUAUCGUUAUGACGUGUUUUCCGGGAAAAUCUCCAAGAGCCGUUUGAACUGGGCAUGGUGGAAAUAUGUGAAAGAGUAUCAGGGCAUCGUUCCUCCAGUCCCGCGGUCGGACUUGGAUUUCGAUCCCGGUGCACAGUACCAUGUCACUGCCGAUACUGAAUACAUGUGGUACUACUUCGUAAGCUCUGUGAUACAGUUCCAAUUCCACAAAGCUUUGUGCAAAGCAGCCGGACACAGCGGGCCGUUGUCAAAGUGCGACAUUAACGAGUCUAAGGCCGCUGGUAAAUUGCUCAGUGGCAUGCUCUCACUGGGCGCUUCCCAACCGUGGCCCGUAGCCAUGGAGCGGGUAACUGGCUCGCCAAAAAUGGAUGCGGCGGCAUUUUUGGAAUAUUUCGAUCCACUGCACAAAUAUCUUCAAAAAAUCAAUGCGGAGAAUAAGGAAUUUAUUGGCUGGAAAUAGCUAUCACGGAUGCGCUACGCAUAAGAAAAUGUUAUUGAUAACUAGUCCUUGGUAUUAUUGAUAAGUAAUCCACGAGUAACGAGUGUCAUCCCUUUGUACUGGCAGCUUUUGUUUUGCUUAUGCUGCAGCAAUUUUUGUACCCAUACUAGCCAUCGUAAGUGCUCUUUCGAAAUAUGCACGGUGAUUAAAAUGUUAGUGAUUC